GUACGAGCCGGACUACAGCGCUGGUGGCGAGUACCCCAAGUACGGCGGUUCCUCGUCUCUGGGCGGCUAUCCGCCCCAGCACGGCCAGUACGGCCCCAUGUACCGUCCCGAGGAGACGCGGCGCGUCAACGGGCGCGGCUACCCUGCAGAGUACGACGAGUUCCACGGCGGCCCGGGCGGCCCCAAGGGCGCGCCGCCCGGCUACCGGGGCUACGACUCGGAGCGCGGCCGGUUCGACGGCGACCAGAGACCGCCGCCGCUCAUGAGCCGGCGUCCGCGCGGCGGCGGCGGCGGCGAGCCGUCCCUCCUGCAGCGCUACAGAGAGGAGGACCGUCUGCGCCGAGAGCGCGAGCGCGAGAACGAGCGACUGGGCCGCGAGCGCGACCUGCGCGCGCAGCUGGACGACCGCGGCCGCGCGCGGCGUGGGCUCGACGAGAGGAGGGUGGAAAUGCGCGGCCGCGACGGCCGGGACAGCCGCGACGUGCGAGAGCGAUCCGGUCAUUCCAGCGAGAGGAAACACGACCACGAGCGGCGGGCCGAGUCGGAGAAAACCAAACGGAAACACGAUAAGCACGACAAGCAUGAGAAGGCCGAGAAACACGAGAAGAAAGAAAAGGUCAAGAAGAAGCACAAGAAGGAGAAGGAAGAUGGCGAGGAACCAAAGAAGAAGAAGAAAGAGAAGGCCAAGAAGAAGAAGGUGAAGGCGGUGGCGUCCUCAGAGGCUGACGUGGAGCCGUCCAGUCAGGAGCCGAGCGCCGGCUCUCAGCCGGUGACGGAACCGCCGCCCAAGGCUGCCUCUCAGGAGCAGGAGCCGCGGCCGGCGUCCCCAGCUGCGGAGCCGGCCGCCGAGCCGGCUCCGGCAGUGUCGCCGGCGCCGCCCUCGCCGGAGCCGGCGGUGCCCGAGGUGGAUCUGCCGGCGCCCUCGCGCUGGGAGCAGGACGAUCUGUCGCCGGUGCGGUCGCGCGCGGCGCCGCCCGCCGAGACGGCCGCGCAGUGCCGCUCGGUGGUCAACAAGGAGACGCUGCAGCGCGCCGAACAGGCCGUGCGCGGCAACCGGCGCCGUGUGUACAUCGAGCCGCCGAGCCCGCCGCGGCCGGCCGAGUCCAGCCUGCAGGUGACCGUGCGCCGGCCGCCGCCGCUGCGCAGUGCCGUCGAGCGGCCCCGCUCCCGCAGUCAGGACCGCCAGCGGCGGCCGCCGCCGCCCGACCGGCGCAUGGAGGAACGCCGCGAGCGAGAGCGCCGCGAGCGGGAGGAGCGAGAACGCCGCGAACGAGAGGAACGCGAACGCCGCGUGCUGGAACUGGAGCGCGAGCGAGCCGCGGCCGAGAAACGACGACGGAAGGAGCUGGCGCGCGAAAAGAAGCGACGGGAGAGUCAGUCGGAGGAGCGCGAGCGGCGGCGGCGCCGCAAGAAGCGCCGCUCGGUGACAGAGAGCUCCAGCUCUGAGGAGGACGAGGAACCGGCACAGGCCACCAAGCCGCGCAGCAAGAAGGCCAAGUCCCCGGUGACCGCGCCCGACCCCGAGCCGGCGCCGCCGCGACCCGCCGUGGACCGCUCAAAGUCGUUCAUCGACGAGCAGCACUUCGAGCCGGACUUUGAGCCUGAUGAAGGAGAGGAAGUGCCCAAAAAGGAGAAGGAGGAGCCUCCGGCGCCGGUCGCUGAGCCUAAGCGGGCCGAGAAGGCCAAGAAGCGCUCCAAGAAGCCGGUGGAGAGCUCGGACGACUCUGACUCGGCCAGCUCCAGCGAGGACUCUGAGUCGAGCGCCGAGGUGACCAAGCGCAAACGGCGGAAGAAGAAGCGGCGCCGUGACUCUUCGGAUAGCUCCGACAGCGAGGUCGAGAAACGGAAGAAGAAGCGCAGCCACAAGAAGCGGGAGGAGAAGAAGCGCAAGGACAAAAAGAAGAAGCGCUCGCGAAAGUGAGCGCUGUCCGUGUGGUGUCGUUCCUAGCUGUGAUAGAGCUGGUGGAGCCGCGGGGGCGGCGCACCGCCCGCCCUAAUGAACUGUCGACCUAACGUGCCGUCUCGGCGCCUGAUGUGUGUGUAUAAUUGGGCAGAGUCCCCGCCCAGACAACUUUGUCGCGCGAUCCGGCACGCGGCGAUAUAGCAGUGCGCUCCGCUCGCCGCCGACCUCGGGUGGCCUGUGCGGGCGACCCGCAUCGGCCUGACGCUGCGACAAGGGACAUGGUCCUCAAGGCCAACCCAGUGUAAUGCACUAUGUUACGUGUGCUCAUUUGUCCAUUACCGCGUUUGGUAAUAAAUCGUAUGAGGGUGUUGA